AAUGGUGUAUACUGGGUUGCCUAUCCCCAGUCGGCAAGCAAAACGAAAACAGCGUGAGUUGCAGAAUCGACGGUCGGCGUUCAGGCUGUGCUGGUGUAUCUUGUAAAUUUUGUGAGUUACAUCGAAGAGUUUGUUCUAUUUAGUUCUCAAGUUUACUAAGUUUGGGGUUAGAAUGGAUAGACUCCUGCGACUUGGCGGUGCGGUGCCCGGUUUAUCUCAAGCACCACCACCUUCCGAUGCCCCUGUGGUGGAUACAGCUGAACAGGUCUACAUUUCAUCACUGGCUUUGCUCAAGAUGUUGAAACACGGCCGCGCCGGUGUUCCCAUGGAAGUUAUGGGUCUUAUGCUGGGUGAAUUUGUUGAUGACUACACUGUGAGAGUCAUUGAUGUGUUUGCCAUGCCACAGACUGGAACAGGUGUGAGUGUAGAGGCAGUUGAUCCAGUAUUCCAAGCUAAGAUGUUGGACAUGUUGAGGCAGACUGGUCGCCCUGAGAUGGUCGUCGGAUGGUAUCACUCACAUCCUGGUUUUGGCUGCUGGUUAUCCGGCGUUGAUAUUAAUACUCAGCAGUCGUUCGAAGCUCUUUCCGAACGUGCGGUUGCUGUGGUGGUUGAUCCAAUUCAAUCUGUCAAAGGCAAAGUAGUCAUUGACGCCUUCCGUCUUAUCAAUCCUAAUAUGAUGGUACUGGGUCAGGAACCACGUCAGACCACAUCGAAUCUCGGACAUCUGCAGAAACCUUCCGUGCAGGCGCUCAUCCACGGCCUGAAUCGCCAUUAUUAUUCAAUUAGCAUCAACUACCGCAAGAACGAGCUGGAACAGAAGAUGCUGCUGAAUUUGCACAAGAAGUCGUGGAUGGAUGGUUUGACUCUCGCUAACUAUGAGGAGAAUUGCAGCGUUAAUGAGAAGACCGUCGCUGAGAUGCUGGAACUGGCGAAGAAUUACAAUAAGGCGUUGGAGGAUGAAGAGAAAAUGACACCGGAGCAGCUGGCGAUCAAGAACGUCGGCAAGCAGGACCCCAAGAGACAUCUCGAGGAGAAGAUCGACGUACUCAUGACCAACAACAUUGUGCAGUGCUUAGGCGCUAUGCUGGACACUGUGGUGUUUAAAUAAGUCUAUUUCUAUUCAUUUUUGUAUUAAUAAUCCCAAGCCCUACUUAAAAUAACUUUUGAAGCUAAGAACUAAUUGGAAGAUUGUAUUCAUUUGCGAAAAAAAAAAUCAAAUUUCAAUUUUUAA